CCUCUUUUGAUGGAAGUGGAGCUGCCCCUUCCCGUUGAAAAGCGUUGCCAUGUGGACCUUGCUACGGGCAUGGUGGCCUUGGACUCAGACCUUGACGCCGAAUGCCAGCCUUCGGAUCCUUCGAAUCCUUCGAACGACGCGUCCACCUCCUGCGGGACGCUGUCGCUUGCACAACUCCGAGCCAAGGCCCUGGCGAAGGCGGGAAAAGGCUUCACAGAAGCCACAAUAGCAACUUCCUUGCCUCCCAGAACUGGACGUGCGAAGUUGUGUUCCGCGUCCAGCAUGGUCGAGGCGGCGCUGGAGAGUCAGACAAGCAAGGAAUCCCAGGAAUCGGAGAUCAGUUGGACAGCCACCAAGACCUGGUCCUCUCCAGGGCAAAUCUUCAAGCAGCAGCUUCUGCGCUGGGCCGCGGACGAACGGAUACGCAUGGCUUUUAAUCCUGAGUACUGCGUGGUGGUUGACAACGAUGACUUCAAGAAUGGCGCCAAGAUUCAAUUGUUCCCCGUAACCGCAGUUGCCAGGUGGAAAUGCGAUGAUUCCAAUGAGAUGCAAGACUGGGUCCUGUGGAGUCACUUCGGUGGCAGCUGCAGUGGAAUGAUUGCGGCACAAGCCACUGACAAGGAGUACUGCAUGGCGACCUGGCUGGUGCUGGUGGGGUGCUCCAAAGUGGUGGAUGGCAACAACGGCUUCGACGGAGCCAAAGUCCAGCUAUGGAAAUGUGCGGGAGACCAAUAUGCCAAGACGUGGACCGAACCCAUCCUGGGGCCACUUGAUCAUUUGGAUGUGCUGCUGCUGUCGCUCCAGUGGAAUUCGCUGGUGAUGGCAGGUAAGCA